GUACUCAGUCUAAUAAUGUAACUCAAACUUGCUGUGUACGCGCUCGAGCUGUGCUUGCGAAAUUUGCAAAGUUGGGAAUACAAACCACAACAACAACAACAACAGCAAAAAAAGAAGCAGAAAAUUUUGCUUUUUCGGGGGAAUACGGAAAUGAACAAAAGCAGCAAGUAUAUUGCAUAGAUUGCGUCGUCACAAAACUUAACGCGCAAGCAUAAAGUCAAAAUAAUCGAUAAAACAGAUAAGUGAGAAAGCCGCUAAAUAAAGACACAUACGCGACGGGACGGUAUGCAAAUCGGACAUACAUAUGUAUGUAUGUAUGUAUAUGCAAAAAAUAAAAUAAAAAUCCAGAACUAAACAAAAGCCUCUAAACAAAAAAGAAAGGAAAAUGGCAAAACGCAUAAAGCAACAACAACAACAAACACAUCACACAUACGCGCACAACAACACACGCUCACAAAGCGACUAAUGCAGGCGCGGACCGUUCAAAAGGAAAGGAAAAGUGCUCGUCGUUUCCCCUGAAAAUUGUUUAUGCACACGCAAGCAAACAUAUGUGCUAUAUGUAUGUAUGUAUGUAUGUGUAUAUGUAUACGACGUAAGGGUUUAUGCUGCAGUUAUGUGGACUGCUUUGUGUGCGCGCUCAUAAAUGUCGGUAAAGUCGAAAAUCUUUAUGUCUAAGCGGAAAGUCUGUUGCUAUUAACACAAAAUAUGUGUGAGUGAUAACGGUAAAAAAAAAUUCGUAUGUUAUUUGCGAGUUUGUGUUUCAGAUGUGUUGUAUUUGCACCAAAGUGACCUUUCACAGUUGGAUACGAAACGAAGUCAGCGCCGUGCGUUCAAACUCCCCCAAACGAAGCAGCAAUUUUACAUGAGCUACAGCAGCAAUAGCAAAUAGCAGCAGCAGCAGCAGCAGCAGCAGCAACAGCGGCAGUGGUGGCAGCGGCAUAGCCAAGAAAAGCAGUCACAACAGCAACAAUAACAACAACAACAACAAGUAUAACACAAAACAUCGGCAUUAAGUAUUACAACAACAACAAGUACAACAGCAACAACAGCGACGACGUCGAGUUUAGUAUCCUGUAAAGGCGCUGCUCACAAAAAUAUGAAAAAAUCGAUGCCAGACUCCGAUACUUCAGCAGUCACAGUCACAGCCAUAGCCAUAUCCACAACCAAAAUAGCAGCAGCAGCAGCAGCAGCCGCAGUAGCGGCAGUGUUAAGAGCAGUAUCAGCAGCUACACAACAACAACGACAACAACAGGAAUAAUAACAGCACACUGUCCGGUUGCAUUGCAGAAUUGAAUUCAUUCAUCGCCGCACUUUGAUAUAUUUUCCCUGAUUUUAUUUGCUGGUGGUGCUGUGGAAACAUUUCUGUUUCGCUGGGCAUAAAAGGAAAAGCCAGAAAUUGUUGUUACAUACAUAAACACACACACAUAUAAAUGUAGUUGUUGAUUUUCCGGGGUCUCCAACGUUUCCUUCUGCAUGUUACAAACUUGAUAAACCCUGUUCAGCGUAUUAAAAAACAAUAGCAACAAUAUUUUUUGUGCAAACAUUGCGCAAGCUAAUUGCAAAUAGUUAAACAAGUGACACAGAAAAGUGCUAUCAAUUAAAAUAGAAAUGCAUAUGCAGGCAAGCAGUCCAUAUACAUGCAUACACACGCAUAUGUAUAUACACAUGUUAAGUGCAUAAAAAUGAGUGUAGUUAAAAAAUAAAAAUAAUACAAAAAAAAACACAAAAUACAGUUAAAAUAAUUUUUCCACCUGCUCUUUCGCUCUCACGCUCUCUUCCACGCUCCCCGAAUGCAGAUUUUUAUAAAUUAUUAACCUACGCUUAACAUAAAAUAAAAUAAAAAUAACUUAAAUUAAUAAUAAUAACAAAUAAAUACGAAAUAAUGGCCACCUCCUCGGAUUUAUUGCAUACAAAUGAAUCGAAUAACUGUUCCGAUGAGUCGAUUAGCAAUUGUGCAAAUUCCAGCAAUCUAGCGGAGUCGCAAGCCGAUGAAGAAUCAAUACAAACAAAUAAUGCAGAUUCCGAAGCGGCAACGUCACCUGGUGUCCACGAAAACGAAGACGUUGACUCCAAAGCGGAUUUUGGUGCAACACCGUGUCACGAAAAGACAGAGCAGGCAGAGGCAGAGGUCGCGGUGGACGAACAGCCACAGCAGCAAGCGCAGCAACAGCAGCAGCUCGAGCCAGUGGAGCAAACAACAACACUUGUUUCAUCCUCCGCCACAGAAACACAGCGACCAGAGGCGCAUAGCAAUUUUUCACCAGACGAAAUACCCGAACCUAUUAAGGUGCUAGAUGAUAUAAUCUCUGAGUUCGAAGAUACAUCAAAGCCAGCGAACGCAGGUGGUAAUGGUGAAAAUCAAUCUGAGGACGAUGGCUACAUGAGCCUUAGUCGCAAGAACAUGCAUAAGCAAGAUUUCGAGAACGUCUCUCAGAGCAGUAUUGGCAGUAAUGUACCACCCAUUACCACACCAACUAAAGAGUUUCACGAAUUUAACAACACUACAGAUGUUACCUGCCAAAGCCUGGAAACACCUGCCGAACAGAAUAUUAUACAAUCCACAUUGCCAAAAGCGCGUCCAGCCUCGGCACUGACGAGCAACAACUACUCCAGUCUGCCAUGUUGCGGUGCGCGCUCCACAUCAUUGGAUGGUAAAACUACGCGUGGCGUUAGCUGUAAUGGUGAACGUAAUAAGCUGGGUAUUGACAUAAGUGCGGUACAUAAUGCGGUAUUACGUGGAGGAUUGGCGAAACUGCCAGAGCCAAUUCUAAAUGAGCAUCCCGUUACAAUAUACCCUGGCCGCUAUUCACCACCUUCCGAGAAUAAGCGCGUAUCCAAUCGUCCACAACGUAUAUUAUCCUCCGUUGAGAAACACAAAGAAGUUUGCCAUAUACUUAAUCCUUUGUCCUCGAUCUCUUCUUCAUCGUCGUCGUCAAGUUCGAAUUGUAUUGGUCUGAUGGAUAAUAAAGCGUUGGAUAUACCAAAUAAUAUUUUGAAAAAGCCAUAUAUACGUAAGGAUAACAUUGCAAAUGAAUUUAGGUUAGUAAGUGAAGAUGAUUUCUCGGACGAUUCAAUUGAAGAGCAAUCAUUAUCGCCAAUUACAUCGCACUCCUCACCACACAAACAAACCGGUAUUGCGUGGGAAAUACAUUUUAAGAGUAACAAAAAGAAGUCGAAAAGUUCAGCGAAAAAGAAAUCGACACGAAAGCAUACUCUCGAUUGUGUUGCUACAACGGAGAAUGGUGUUUACCCCUUACCCAUUGUGGCUAGUGACGUCUUUUACACCAAAGAAAAUGAACGCGCUUAUCGCCGAGAACCGAUUGUUAUAGACGCCUUGGAUGGGUCCGAUCAAUACACAACAUCCUCUGGGGAUAUUUUAAAUCACUGCAUGUAUCGACACGGGAAUACGAGUAUGUUGGGUAAAGGUACUUUUAUCAUACGACGGCCCACAAAUAAACCACCAACAGCAAUGGAUAUAUUUCAAAAGGAUGCUGAAGCGCUCGAUCGCGUAGAUACACGUGACCAAAGCGACUAUGAAGAGUUCUCUUCCAUGGAGGGUCAUGAAAACUGUAGGCCGAGUGAGACAUUAGGCGCGAACGUUAGGCAUAGCGGAGAAUUAGUGGCGCCACAAGGACCAACCUUGCCAUCACCGCGUGAUCGUCUUUCUUUAAAUCUCGAGCCACAAUUACCAAAUAUUUUUACCAAAGAAAUGCUGGCUGUGCAUAAAGGCGACCGCUCGUCGUCUGAAGAACUUCUUGUCCCUGUUAAGAAGACAUCACUUAAUAGAGAACCCAAGAGACGUAGCACCGAUUCGAUCAACACAAAGUCUUCGAGUUAUGAAGAAACUGAAGAAAAUGAGCCUAACGAAGUUGCAACCUUUAUUUCGGGUAAAAAUAGUUUUGAUGCGUGCAAUAUGUAUGGCUACAAGAAUGAUGCAGCAGGCUGUUUAAAAGGACAAGAGUUUUCGGACCUCCGCUCCUCAACAACAACGACUCCGCGCACCGAUCUUGCACCAACACUUGAAGAGGAAGAGGAACAAUACAGUGACUUUAGCUAUAGUGGAGCGCCAGGUAAAGAUACAGACAAGGUCGAUGGCAAUAUAAAUGCACUGCUACGUGGAGAUAUUGCCGCCGUACGCAUCGUUGAAGGUGGUGCACAUCAUAAACGUCCACUCGAAUUUCGUCCCGGUGUGCAUAAGUCUGAGAGUGCCAAAGAGAUGUUAUUGUCUCAAAGCGCGUUUGGUCCAUUGCCGCCUUCGCCACCGUCAUCAAAUCCCGAUCUAUUCGAUUAUGAUGCUCUGCCACUGCCACCAUCUCCGAAAGAUCCGAUCCUAGUGAACGAGAGCAACCGUAGCCUUGGCAAAGGCUUUAAGAAAACGACAACUGCCGAAAUACAUACGCCGUCCUCGUUGGGCGGCGAGGAACGACGAAAUCGUGACAAUAUGAGCGCUUUGCGUUAUCUCAGCAACGAAUUGCCACCAUUACCACCGCCUGCUUUUGAAAAUAUGCCACCGGUUGUGCCCCCACAUCGUGGCCACUCGGCGAAUACGAUGAAAUCUUGGUCCAUUGAUUCGCAUUAUAAGAAGCGAUCGCCGAAAAUGUUAGGUUACGGUAGUGGUAUUACUACGCCAACGGGAUCACAAUAUGAUGGCUCGUAUUCAACGAAACGUUAUGUUUCCUAUGGCACCAAGCGUAGUCUGAAACAGUCACCACGCGAAGAAUUGCGUUUGCAAACUUCAUGCAGUCUGCCGGAGACACCAAUUUUUGCAAGAGGAAGCUGUGACAUACCGCGCACACCGUUCAGACGUCAACCCGAAAGUGCCAUAAGUGGUUCGCGUACAGCGCCUCGUUCCAGCACCUCACAUAGUAUUAAUAUGGGUAACACCAUGGGCGGUAUUCCGGGAGGUGGCAACACCUUCGGUGCUGGCAUGUGCCGUCAACGUUCCAUGAAUCACGCGCUUGCAUCGAACGAGAUGUUGCGCAUGGCUGGCGCACCGGCGCGCGGCUGGUAUCCCAAACAACGUUCCAUGCGUCCCGCAUCUACCGAGAAUAUUGAUCGUCUCAGUUCGUCGCGCGUUUGGGAUAGUGCAGCUGGCAUGUCUGGGACUGGUCAGUCAAGAAAACCAUUGACUUUGCCACCAAAUUUGACGCCCUCAUUUUUAAAUAAAUCACCAAGAGAAGCUCUGCGUCGCGUAACAAGCCUUUUGAUUGCGAAGAAAAAGAACACUAAAGAGCGCAAGGGCAAGCCAUAUUCGGAUACCACUUUGGAUGGAAAUCUACCAUUCGAACAAGAAACUGGUGAGCAACGUUUUCGAACACUCCCACCCACGCCAAAGGAACAGGCGCGCAAUUUUAACAAUACGUCACAGAAGCCUCAGAAGAAAAAAGGCCUUUUCAAAAGCUUAUGGAAAAAAACAAAACACUUUUCAUUAGAUCAAUAAGUAAAACAACAAUAACAAACAUGCAAUUAAUUAAAUAUACGAAAUAUUUACACAAUUAGCACACAAAACCUUACCCAUCCAUCCAGAAGAACCAUAAAACCACAUAAGAAAACUUAGCCAACCACACACCCACACAUAUACACACAAAUACAAACAAACACAACUAACCGUGUUGCACCAGCGAUUAACAACUAUUUAUUAUCGUUAUAUACUCACAGUAAGCGUAAGUUAUAGGCCGUUGAUAUGAUGCUAAAACAUAAUAUACAUAGGUACAUACAUACAUACAUACGUACAUAUUGAACACAGCAGCGUGAAUGAAGCAUUAGUUAUGCUAUGCCAGACAAAUUUUUACAUAAAAUAUACAUAAAAAAUAUUAUUACCGACAAGCAUCAAUACACAAAAUUACGCGUAAAUUUCAUUGAAAACAAAAACAAAAAACAAAAUUAUUGAAUAAAUAAAAUAAAUUUAAAAAAUUAGUAAUUGAAAAAUACGAUACACAGAGUAUAGAAAUGCACAAAGCCGCAAAACUAAAGACUGAAUUUAAAAAAGGAACAAAAAAUUAAAUAUUGAUUAUGCAAAUAUAAGACGUAACUCAGUUCAGCUUCACAUAACUAAAAACAGAAAACUAAAAAAACGAAUAAAAAUAAAGCAAAAACAACAAUUACUUCCAAUUUUUUAACGUUUUCGAAGAAAAAAAUAAUAAAAAUGUUCAGACUUGCACGCAUCUAAGAGCUAAAAAUAAAGAAAAAAAUAAAAAAAAAAAUUAAAAACUUUUCGUCAACAACUUUGGUACCAACAACUAUGUCGUAGAACUUACAGCCAAAAUUUCGAGACUUACUGGUGUAUGUAUAAAUUGACUGUAACUAAUUAAACUUUAGUAAAACAAUAAAGAGAAAACGCCACAAAAACCGAAAGAGGCAGGCGCGCCUAGUCAACAAAAAAUUAUUACAUUUUUUAGUUUGUAGUUUAAUGUACUUAUUUACUAAAACUCUUCCACUUACUUACAUACACACUUAUUAUAUAUUUAUAACGUAGCUACUAUAACUACAAUUAGCAAUACCUAUGUUGGGUUAUACUAUUUAGAAUAUGUAUACUUUUGGCAUUUGUGAAUGCAGGCUUUCAUCUAAUGUUUUCUUUAGACUGUUAAGCAUACCUACACACACAGACACACAUGUAUUUAUUGAAGAUAUAUAUUUUUAAAAAAUAUUUGCUCCCAUAUUUUUAAGCAAUAUUUGGCACCUGCAUACAUACAUAAAUAUAUAUAUUAAGGCAACAGUAUGUAUGUAGCCGUUAAAAAAAGUAUUAUUAUUCUCAUUUAUUUAUUUAAGGUAUGUACACAUAUGUAUGUAUUCUAUAGUCAUUUUUUAUAAAGCAAAUAAAGUUAGCAGAAAAAAACUAAAGCAGUUAGUAGGAAAGCACCGAAAUUGUAAUAACACUCAAAUGAACUUAUUUUUAUGAACGUUAGAUUUUCUUCUACGAUUACAACAAUAACAAAUGUUAGGCACAUCAGCCGUAAAUGAGACUUGUUUACAGCCGACAUCAACGAAAAAGUGGGAAAAUAUUAUUAACAAAAUAUUAUUAAAAAAAUAUUUGAAAAAAUAUUAAAAAAAUGAUUGCAAAAAACACUAUUUAAAAAAAAAAUUAAAAAACACUAUUUAAAAAAAAUAAUUAAAAAACAUAUUGAAAAAAAAUUAAAAAAAAAUUUAUUAAAAAAAAAUAAAUAAAAAAAAAAAAAAAAAAAAAAAAAAAAAAAAAUAAAUAAAAUAAAAAAAAUAAAAAAAAAAAAAAAAAAUAAAUAAAAAAAAAUAUAAAAAAUGAAAUAUUGAAAAAAUUAUUUAAAAAAACUAUUAAAAAAAAAUUAUUGAAAAAAAAACAUUAUUGAAAAAGGAAAAAUAAUAAUAAAAAAAUAAUAACAAAAAAAUUUAUAAUAAAAAAAAUUCAUAAAAAAUAACAAUAAAAUAAAAUGAAUUAUCAUAUUUGUAUGUAGUGUGUGAGCACUUGUAAAAGGUCACUAAUGCAUUCAAACUCAAUUGGAAAAUGAUGUGUUUUUAAAACAGUGAGAAAAUAAUAAAAUACAAACAAAAAUGCAAUUUUGAAACCAGUCGAAAUUGAGAAAGCACUUUGAAUAAAAUUUAAUGGGCAAGAAUGUCAAAAA